AUGCCGUCUUUCGCGCCGUUGUCGCACAAGGAGAAAGAAUCCGCCGUGGCGAUGCUUUGGGACGACGGGGAGUCUUUAGUUUCUUCCAAAUCCAGAAGACGUUGGUACCAUCCUGGGAAUUUUUUCACGGUUCGUUUCGUGCGAUAAUCAUGUAUUACUUGUAAUUUUCGAACCAAAUUUUGGUGCUUUCUUCUUUUUGCUGUAGUUUUGAAGGCGAUUAUCUCUUCCCUUGGGUUUCGGAUUGAAAUUUACAAAUAAAAAGCCGCAUUUCUCUUUUCUUGUUGUAGUUGGGAUAGCAAGUGUGUAUUUCCCAUUGGAAAAAUGUUAUUUCAGAAUUUUUAAAACUUAAUUCAGCAAAAAAAAAUGACAUUUUUUUCAGAAAUUCUGUUAUUUCACGUUAGCAAUUCAAUUAUUACCAUUUGAAAUUUUUUUCAAACUUUGCCUUAAAAAAAUCGAAAUUUUUUUGAAGUUCUUUGGGCCAUCUCGAAUCAUCUGAUUUUGUGAUUUUUCUGAAAAAAAUGUUAAUGAAAAACCAUCAUCAAUUAAAGGCUGCCAAUCAUGGUCAGGAAUUCCAAAUAAGGCUCAGUAAAGUGGUCCCUAGAGGGGAUCCUUCAAGGCCCCUCAAGGUUGCCCCUAUAGGGACCACUCUGGAAUUCAAUAGUUCACUACAGAAGUUUUGAAGGAGCCUGCAAAAGUUGAAAAAUUCUGAGGAAACAUUCUCACAAUAACUUUUCUCAUCAUUUUUCCUUGAGAUUUUAGAGAAUUUGCUUUUUUUUGUUAGUUUCUGGUACAUUCAAAUCCACUGAAACACCCGAAAAACGAGAUUUUUUGCGUAAAGUGUGAGCACACUAAAAAAAAAUUUCUCUGCUAAAAUUUUUUCUGGUGCAAAAAGUCCGCCGUUCCAUCAAUCAAGCGAUGUUGUAACAGUACGAGCGCGUGUGUUCACGCUCUCAAAAAAAAAAGAAAAUCAGUUUGACCUUUUUGCAGUUUAAACAAGAGAUUAAUGUGUAUAGUUUGCUCAUAAAUCUUCAAAUAACAUUGAAAACGACCUUUCGCCUUGAGACCUUGACGAAAAUAGUUCGUGCGACUUCAAAUACCUCAGAAAGGACUCCUUGACUAUGAUAAGUUUUUUGAAAACAUUGUAAUAAGAUUUUCGGAUAUAACUUUUAGAGUGUAAAAUCUGCUCAAUAAUCUAAAAAUGACUCUGAAAACGGCUCUUCGCCUGGAGACCUUUAUAGAUUCAGUCUCUGAUCCUUUAAAUAUACCAGGAAUAAAUUUUUGAACGGUUUUUUUGUAUAUAUUUAUUUGUUAUAUUAUUUUUCAAAGACGAAAAAGUGUUUUUGUGAGCUGAAAAAAAUCGUAAUUUUUCCCAAUACCUGAAAAACCUUGAUGUUCUUCCAGUGAACUCCAGAUGGGUCUUUAUAGGGGCAACCUUAGGGCCCUCGAAGGGUGUCCUCUAGGGACCACUUUAUUAACCCCUAUAGGGGCCACUAAAGCUUGCAAAAGUGGUUUAGGGGUUUUAUUUAGCGGCCCCUGAAGGAGACAUGCUAGUUGAUAAUUUUUAUGAGCUCUAUCAGACCCUAAACUCCUAUAGGGACCAACAUGAUUUUACCCCUAUAGGGAUAACUUUUUCGGCCCCUGUAGGGAUUGUUUUCCUCCUAACCCCUAUAGGAACUACUCUAAAAUUCCUAAGACGAAACCUUUCUUCAGAGCUGAAUAGGAACACUUAUGUUUUUCAGAGCCACACCGCCCAGUACCUGAAAUUGGCGGUCCUUCUGGUGGUCGCCUCGAUUCAUGUCGGCUACAUGAACGAUUUCCUGAUCAAGUUCCGCGCCUUCGAACAUCUCGCCAAUGAGGUCCGUUUUCAAUAGAUUUCAGGAGAAAAAUCAGAUUUUUUCGAAGUUUUUUUCGGUUAUGCUACUUUUUCAAGGGCUAAGUUCCCUUCUUAGACUUCCGAUUUUGAUUAAAGUUGCAAAAUUUGGACUUGAAUUUUUCUGUAACCUCAAUUAAACCUUAACAGCCUUAAUAUAGCCUCAACCUUAAUCUAUAACCCAGAAAAAACUCGAUGUUUACUGAUCUUUCAGCUUUUGAAGUCAUGGGAUCGAGAAAAAUCCCAGAAAAUAAGACAUUUUUUCUAUUCUACGACUUUUUUCUAUGGGAAUUGGGCUAAACGCCAAAUUUAGAACUUGAAUUAUCUUGAAAUAUAUUUUUCCAAACAUAGCUAUGAUAAAAAUUUCCUUCGAGACGCUUUGAAGAGUUCUAGCAGACCUUUAGAAAAUUUCGACUUCCCCCACUUUUGGCUGCUUUUAAGAGGGUUUCUCAACGGUUCUGAUCCUUCGAUUUUACGUCCCUUAUUCGGCGCCGUAAGCUUCAAAGAAAAAAAAAGAAAGAAAAAAGAAAAGCGGUCCUCCUCGUAAUGUCUUGCUGAAACGGCGACGAUAAUGGGAUCGAUUCAUUUUUUUUUUCCUUCCCAAAGAUUCUCAUUCUGGUCUCUUUUGGACCUAAUAGACCGGUUGGUUCAGUCGCGGCUCUGAUUUUUGGGGUUUUUUGAAACCUUUCGAGCCAUUUUUAGCUUAAAGCUUAUUCAAUUAUCUACCUGAUUUUUCGAAAACUUAUCAUAUAAAAUUUGGAUUUUAACUGUUAAUUCAAAGGUUCUCUUCUUGGCUAUUUUUAGGCUUCGAAAAAUCAAAUUCACGCCACGUGAUCGGAAACUAGACCUUCAGAUCAUUUCUUCGUUUCAAAAACCUUUUUUUCAAUUAUAUCUUGAGUUUUUAUUUUUAAAUAAGCAAAAAAAGAAAAAAAGAACGGUGAAUUUGAACAAUAGCAGCUUUUUUUACCGAUAGUUUUAGUGAUGCCUAAGUUGAUCGAAAACUAGACCUUGGCUACCGUAAUUUUCUCGUUUUGAGACCAUUUUAUUCAAUUUUUCAUUAUGAUUUUCGGGAGAAUGGUAAAUUUGUAAAAAAAAACUUUAGAAAUUGUCAAUUUUCAUAGAGCAGAUGCAUCUGUCUAAGCAUCUGUCAAGUGGCCCCUUAAGCGCUCGUGUUUAGCCCAAAGCUCGUUUCACUGCAGAAUUCUGAACAUUUUCGGAUGAAUGUCGGCUAACUCUACCAAAAAUCUGUCGAGGGUCCUCUUAAGUGCUCAUUUUUAAAACUUUUUAGAAAUAUGGAGAUUUUCAGAGGAUAAUCCUGCGAAAUCUUUUUUUGAUCCAUGUGUCUUGAGAUUCUUUUCACAAUUUCCAAAAGAGGAUGCUUGAAUUUUUUCGUAUUUUUUGUCCAAGUUGGUCGAUAUUAUCUCUUGGACGACUUCUUGGCCACGAUUGUCGGUUACUGUAGCUGUAUUUUCGCUUCAGUACCAUAUUCUAUCCUAUUCGGAACUAUCAAAGAUCCAAAAAAAAAAUACGGAUGAAGUAGGAGUUUUCUGGCUACCGUAUUCCUCGUUCUGUAAGAAUUAUAUUAUAGGUAUCCUUUUAGGAAGAGAUAAUCGGUUGCUGUAGCUGUUUUUUUGCUUUAGGACCCUUUUCGAGUCUUCGUAAGCCUCUGGAAUUUAAUGGAACACAUCUUACGAAUUCGAAUCUUCCCAUCUAACUGAGUGUGAGAUUCCUUAAGCUACCGUAUUUUUCCCUGGUUUGACUAUAGUUUAGUUAAUUGUACUUUGAACAAGGUAACUGGUUACCUUUGGGAUUUUUUUCCGACUUUGAUGUGGGCGCCGAUGAGUGGACCACGGCAAGCGUAUCUUGAGUCUAUAGUUUUUUUUUCUUCUGGUCGGGUUGGACCAAAAUUUUAGUCACCACACAACUUUCCGCCCUUCUCUCUCAUUCCAGAGUGCACUUUUCGAGGUUUCAAUCGAUUAGUGGGCGGUUGUGUGUAUGUCCUCGGGGCAGCAGCGGUUUUUUUUCUUCUGCUUCGCUCCGUUCCGACGCUGGGUUCCACAGAACGAGAGAGAGAGCCGUUUUUUCUCGUCGUUUGUUGCGAGGAAAGCCUCAUCCGCCGUAUCACAGCACCGACCUCUCUGCAACCCACUUUUGCACUUUGUUCUUGGCCAGCCGUACUUUGGGCCUCACUUUUUCGAGCAGCCGACCAUUUUUGAGCCGCUUUCUUGCUGAAAAUAGACUUUGUCUCUGCGAAAAAGUACGGUAGAACUUUUUGGGAUUCCAUUUAUUUUUUUCUGAAAAUUUCAAAAAUUCAAUUACGAUAUAUGAAAGGCAUUCUGAUUGCUCAAAAUCAUUUCCACACUACCUUUCUGAAAUAAAAAGGACGUUUUCUCGAAUUGCAUCCCUGAUGAUCAAAUUUAAUUAUACUUUGUAUUUUCUGGAUUUUCCCUAAAGCGAACCCUCUCUACUUGACGGAAUGACCAUUUUUGAGCAGUUUCUUGAGUUUUCAAAUGGAAAGCUUUUCAACAUUCAGUUGCUCUGGAGCUUCUUGAUCUGCAAAGAAAGACGCUUUGUCCGUUUUUUACUCUUGUCCUUGAGCCUAUAUGAAGCGUUUUUUGUUAUUUGUAGGCCUUUCUUCAGAGCAUCAGUUUUAAAUUUUUUCUUUUUUUGUCGGUUUUUGUAUUAUUUUUGGACUAAAAAGUCUUGAAAAGUUUGAAAAAGUCAAGGAUUUUUUUUGAAACUCGGCUGACACGAUCUUUGACAUUAUGUGUUCUAAAUGAACUUGCAGAUUUCUAUUUUUGAAAAAAGGGAGCUUUUAGAGUCCCAAUCAAUGGCAAAUAGUCACAUUUUUGUGGCUAUAGAACAUUGAAAAAUACUUCACGAUCGCAAAAAUUUUCAUUUGAAGCUUAUUUUUCUGGUCUUUGAAGUCUUAUCAGCUUUUCCGAUAAAGCAUCGAAUCGAUUUUCUUUUUGGAGGCUGUUUCAAAGUCGAAUUUAAAGCUUUGGGGAUAAUUUGAAGUUGUUUUGAAAGUUUCCAAGCCUUCGAAAUGACCAUCCAAUCUAACCUCUGAGCUAUUCCUUUUUUUAUUUAUUAUUUGAUAAUCCAUCUUUUUCAUUUUUUUCCCAUACAUUACAUCAUAGACUUGUCAAAAUUAAUUUAGUGGAAUUUUUCAAUUUAAAACAAUUUUUUAAAAAGACUUAAGGGUCCGAAAAUUGACACUGAAAAUUUUUGAGUAUACAAAAACUUGAAUGCAUCACGAGAAAAUCUAUUUUCAACUUUGAAACUUUCCCUUUCGUCAAAAAAAAAUGGUGAUGUAUUGAACUUUGAGACCUCAGCUUGGCACAUGAGGUUGUGAAAUGUUAUUGAGUCACGAGAGAUUUCAAAAUUUCCCCCUUUUUCGUCCCUCUCAACACAUUUUUCUGUUCGUUUUUCACACCUGUUAAUUGAAUAUUUUCAGGUAGAUGUGACGACGGUCGGUACGGACGCUAACCGCAAGGAUAUCGGCGCCGUUGCGUUCGUCAUGCGCGCUCUGGUCGAUGUUAGUCAUUCCCUUUCAAAAAAACCGAAAUUAUUGAGAAUCGCAGAAAAUUCAGACUUGGAAGAGCAUUUUUCACAAAACUUAAGAUUUCGAAAGUGGCCCCUACAGGGGUAAAAUCAAGGUGGUCCCUAUAUAUGUGUAGGAUCUGAUCCCCAAGCUCCUAAAUUUCAAGUGGACCCUAAAGGGGUUUUUCAAUUUGAUUCAAAAAGCGCUUAUUUAUUCAGGUUUUCCCAUGGGAAUGCUUCUUCGCCUAGAGUUCAUAACAAUUAUCGACCAGCAUUUUCCCUAUAGGGACCACUUUUGCAAGCUUUAGUGACCCCUAUAGGGGUUGGAAAGAACCCUAGAGGGGAUCCUCCGAGGGCCCCAAAGGUUGUCCCUAUAGGGACCACUCUGGAAUUUCUAAGGAAUAUUGUAAAUUUAAAUGUUUUCUUGUGGAGGAACCCAAAAAAUGAAUAUAGAGGGUUUGCUUCAGAAUGAGAAAAAAAUGAGUUAUGUAGAAAAUUGCCUUGUUCAAAGCCAACUAUACCCUCCAAAAAAUGGCUCGGAAUCGAAAUUUUCGAAUUUUAGGAGCCCUAACUUUUUUCACAAGCCUCGAGGGCAGUUUUUGAGACCAUAUUUGGAAUCAGCGUGAAAAACUGCAUCUAGUGAACCUAGUCCUGUUCAGAAGUCUUAGUCAGAGUUUCAAAUUCUGAUGCGAAGUCCGAAAAAAGUAGUAACUUGUACUUCAUGGACGAAAAAUAGCAAUCUGAUCUACAAUUUUUGGGAAGCAUACAUGUUUUUUCCGUCCCCCAGAACCUCUUUCUUUCGUUGACUAGAAAAAAUUCAGCUGUUUGAUUAAAAAAAAGAGUAGAAGAAGAUUCCAAGUUGCCACUGUUGACGGAGGCUUUAAAAAGUCCGCUCUUCAAAAAUGAAAAAAACUGGCAAUUUGUAGUACAAGAAGAACCUGUGGAUGAGCGUCGGGUCGAUGUGCGCCUCGUUGGCCUCGACGGCGUUCUUCGUCUUGAUGACCGACUACCACGCCAACUACAAUCGCCUCGCCUUGGCUUUGGUCAGCAUUUUGGGAUUUUUGCAUGAAUUAUGAAAAUUGACGCUAAAGUCGUUAGAAGAAGGCUUGGAUUUUGAGAUUUUCAGAGAAAUUCCUGAAGGAAAGGUAUCACUACAGUCUAGCAAAAAGGUUCAAAUUUUGAUAUUUUUGAACUGAAGUAGAUCAAAUUUAGGCUAUAAUAGAAAUUGACACUAGAUUUUGUAAGAGGGAAGUUUAAAAUUUUAGUUUUUCAAAAUAUUAAGGAUUGGCCUUUAAAAAAAGUCGAGUUUUGAGAUUUUUGAAAUGAAAUGGAUUGAAAUCAGGCUUAUCAAAAUGAAAAUUGACACUAAAAAAAGUUUAUUUUUUUGAGAUUUUUGAGAGAAAUGAUGCUGUUAAGAAGGAAUAUUGGCUAUCAAAGUCGUCCUCCUGAUUUUUUUAAAUAUCAAUUUUGACGUUAUUUUCCGAAUGUCAUACAAAAAAUGACCAUUUUGGCUUGUCAAAAAUGACAAAAUUUAACAAAUAUUCUAACUCUAACCGACCGCAUUUUUCCAGGUCCGAGUAUUUGACGUAUUCGCGUUCAUGUCGCUGCCGAUGUUGUUGUUGGCCCGAGCUUUCAUCGCUCGGACCCUGAACGCCUUGAUGCCGUUGGCCCUCCGGUCGGCUGAACGUCUCAUUAACCCCAUCGACUUCAUCAACGACCUCAGCUGCUCGAUUGAGCCCCGCGAAAAUGUUCGUUUUCGAAAAAAUGGGUCGUAUAUUCGAUGAAGAAGAUUCAAAUCGAAAAUCUAAUAAAAAUGGCCGGUUUUUAGAGAUUUUUAAAAGUACCUUCUUGAGUUUAAAAGUUACCAUAUGAUAAAGACUGGCAAAGUCGGUGGAUAAUGGCCGCUGAAAGGCUCGAAAAAGGCACCAGAAAGGCUCGAAAAAGGCCCCAGAAAGGCAGCAAAAAGGCCGUAGAAAGGCUCGAAAAAGGCUCCAGAAAGGCUCCCUUUAUCGCGCCUUUCAUUUUCUCUAGAAUUUUGAAGGUUCAAGAAAUGGUGGAAAAAGGAAGAGGCAGCAAAGUUAGUGCAUAAGAGCCGAAAAAAUGGCUCAAAAAGGCAGCAAAAUAGCCUUUAUGAAGCCUUUUUCAACCUUUUCCGACUUGGCCUAUGGAAAAAAUGAUUGAGGACCUCACGAAUGACCAAAAUCUUUCAGUUGCCCCUGUGCGCCGAGCUGAUGCAGCGGUCCAUCUUCCCGGUGAAGCUGAUCGAGUACCUGAUCAUCCUGUGCGUGCUCACCGGCGCCUACAUCGCCCUGGCCUACCUCAUCGAGUGGUGCAUCCGGCAUUUCUUCCCCCCGACGUCCGCCGCCGAAGAGCUUCCCCCGCGAAUCGCCGCCAUCUCCCGCGACCUGAAGACGUCGCCGUCGCCGACCUCGUCGUCGCUCCUCGCUCAGCCUUGA